CUUCAUUUCUAUAAAUUCAUUAUUCCUUCUGAUCAAAUCAUUUUCAACUAUCAUAUAUCUCAAACUUGAUGGAGUUUCUCAAUCCUCUUUCUUUGUUCUUCUUCGUUCUUUCUCUUCUCCUCUUCGUCCUUUUUCUACGAAGAUUGCAUCGUAAACUUCGCUACCCUCCUGGCCCUACUGGAUUGCCCAUCAUCGGCAACAUGUUGAUGAUGGACCAACUCACCCACCGUGGCCUCGCUCGUCUCGCCACCAUCUAUGGUGGCCUCUUCCACCUUCGCCUCGGCGUCCUCCACAUGGUAGUCGUCUCUACGCCAGACAUGGCACGGGAAUUCCUCCAAGUUCAAGACGUCGCCUUUGCAAACAGGCCCGCAAACGUUGCAAUCUCAUAUCUCACCUACGAUCGUGCCGAUAUGGCCUUUGCCAAUUACGGUCCAUUUUGGCGUCAAAUGCGAAAGAUUUGUGUUAUCAAACUCUUUAGCCGUCGACGCGCUGAGUCAUGGGCGUCUGUGCGUGACGAAGUUGACACCCUAGUCGAAAUCGUUUCGAGAAAAAUCCAGCAACCGGUGAAUAUUGGUGAUCUAGUUUUUAGCUUGACACGAAACAUAACGUACAAGGCUGCAUUUGGAUCGAGCUCGCAUGAAGGACAAGACGAGUUUGUUAAGAUCUUGCAAGAGUUCUCUAAAUUGUUUGGAGCUUUUAAUAUUGCAGAUUUUUUGCCAUGGUUGGGAUGGAUUCAUGCUCGAGAAUUCAAUGAAAGAUUGGCAAAAGCUAGAAGAGAUCUUGAUGUGUUCAUAGACAGCAUAAUUGAUGAACAUUUAGAAAAGAAAAUGAAGAAACUAAAGGGAGAAAAAGUUGAUGAUGAAGAAGAUACAGAUAUGGUUGAUGAAUUAAUGGCAUUUCUUGUUGAUGAUUCAAGUAGCAAUGAGUUUGAUGAUUCACAAUCAGUUCUUAAGCUCACUAGAGACCAUAUCAAAGCCUUAAUCAUGGAUGUAAUGUUCGGUGGAACGGAAACAGUAGCUUCGGUAAUAGAAUGGGCAAUGGCGGAAUUGAUGAAAAAUCCUGAAGAGCUAAAUAAGGUGCAACAAGAACUCACCCUCGUCGUUGGAUUAGAUAGGAAUGUCCACGAAUCGGAUCUCGAGAAUCUCCCUUACUUAAAAUUCGUCGUCAAAGAAACCCUUCGCCUUCACCCCCCGAUUCCGCUACUCCUCCACGAGACCGCCGUCGACUCCUCCGUUUCCGGCUACUUUAUUCCCACCGGUUCAAGAGUCUGGAUCAACGCAUGGGCGAUCGGUCGAGACCGAACCGCUUGGAAAGAACCGGAUCGGUUCUGGCCAGGGAGGUUUCAAAACGAUGCUGCUCCGGAUUUCAAAGGGAGUGAUUUCGAGUUCAUUCCAUUCGGGUCAGGUCGAAGAUCUUGCCCCGGAAUGCAGCUCGGACUCUAUGCUUGUGAGAUGGCGGUUGCGAAUCUUGUUCAUUGCUUUUCUUGGGAAUUGCCCGGCGGAAUGACGGCGGAUGAGCUCGAUAUGAACGAUUCGUUUGGACUCACUGCUCCCAGGGCGAUUCGACUCGUUGCUGUACCGAGUCUUCGACUUAACUCGCCUAAGGAAGAGACAGGAAAAUGUAUAGAAUGAAUUGAAAA